UCUCUCUCGCGAUGGCAGCUUACACAGCACAGACGCCUCGCCAUACCCAUAGCUAUGGCAUACCUGCUGCCCGCCACAACGCAGUUGUCUUUGAGUCCAUUGCCGGAGGAAAGAGCUUGCGGAUGGUGGCUCCCGCGGGUGGUCGCGUUCGCGACACAGUGAUUGCGACACACGUUGGCGCCGAACUGAGCUUCCGCGCAUCGUUUGCCGCUCACAACGCGCUGAUUGUGGCCCUAGUCCGUGAUCCGACCCAUGAUCAUCGCUUCAUCACAGUCUCGGAUGAUGGCGAGCUGGCGCUCUGGGAUGACACGGGUGGCUGGUCGGCUCUGGGUGAGCCACUCGUCCUCGAUCCGCUCGGACGGACGCUAGAGGCCGCAUGGUCGCCUGAUGGCGCACUACUGGCUGUCGUGGCCGAGUCGCACGGGCUGCACAUCAUCGCCGUCGGAGAAGAGACUCUUCAUCAGACCAGAUUUAUUCCGAUGGUUGCUGCAGACGGCUGCACCUGGCUCAACAGCGCCGGCCUUGUGGUCUUUGGCCGCAACGCACUCUCAGACGCACCAGAGGUGGCCGUCGUCGACACCGACGCUGGCUCGCUCGCUGUCAUGAAUCUACUGCCCUUGACGCCUGACGGGGCAAGUAAUGCUCGAUUUACGGCAUCUUGCCGGAUCCCGGGCUCAUCGGCGGUUGCUGCCGUCACCGGAGCCCGCGUGGUAUUUGUUCUCACCGAUGCUGGCAGCGCGACGGGAUGGAGGGCAGCAGGCUCGGGCGCGCCACGAUCGAUGGCUCUUGGGCCACGCGAUGAGGUAGUCUACAUCCCAUGCGAUGACGCGCGAGUGGCAGGUCAUCGGCACGAUGGCCAGCUGGUCCGGAUGGUUGCACUGGACAUGCGGCCGUCAGUUGUCUUUGCCCUCAGCGCGCUUCCGGAAGACCGCAAACCGCGGGUGGUGGCCAAGGCUGCCGGCGGCGUGACGUGCUUUGGUUGGCUCGCACCGUCGCUGCUCGCAGCAGGCACGACUAGCGGAGAGCUGGCGAUCUUGGACAUGGAGAGCGAGCUUGUGAUUUCGCAAACCAUUGCUCAUCCUACUGGCAAGGCCACUCCGCUGUUUGGCUCUAUUGAGCUCUUCUGCGAGGUGUGGACGGUGGCGAUCGGGCCAGCGACCGGCGAGAUCCGCUGGCUGGCGACUGGAUCCGAGGAUCAGACCAUCCGCAUUCAUUCGGUGGCGCGCGAUGGCAAGGGCAUAACCUGCGACCACGCCAUUGUUCGGGCGCACACAAGGGCGGUAACGGCCAUUGAUUGGCGCGGCUCGCCUCAGGCCUCGACGCUCAUCUCGGUCAGCGACGACUGCGUCAUCAACGCAUUCAGCAUUGCCUUGUCCGAGACCAGCGAGCAGGUGUCAGUGGUCAACACGGCGCGGAUCACUUCGAGCAUUGCCAUUCCGCAGUGGCAUACUCUCACAUACGCCGCGCUUGUCGGCGAUCGCACUGUUGUCGCCGUCAGCCAGAACGGCUACGUUCUCACCGCCGAUAUCGGCUGCUUCUCCACUCCCUGGGACGGCGACAUCGGAAACCCAUCGUGGACUGCCCGCAUCCACGCUGGCUCUGUCGAAGGGCUUGCCAUCUAUCGCUCCGAUAACUUGGACGAAGACCAUUGCGUCAUCGCCACCAUAUCUGCCGACUGCAGCAUCCACCUGUUGGAGCUCUCAAAGCUGGCGAGCCGAUCUGUUUAG